AACGCCAUUCUUCGAGAAUGUCGCGAUAUUUGGAAAGACUGGCUGGAUCUGGAUCUCGAAGUGAACAGCGUUAAAGAGGACAGAAACAGAUUCCUCGAGGAAAAAAGACGAGAAUAUAACUUCAAUCUCGAUAAGCAGUGCUUUUUGGUGCUAACGCAAAUGAUGAUGGCCUUUACCGAUCUCAAAGCAGUAGACCUGUUGUUGCCGACCGCAGGGAAUCCAUUUUAUACGGAAAUAAAGCACUGGUUCUGUGAAGGCUCCACGAGUGAUGAGACAGAAAAGACAAAUCCAACCUUAAUUCGACCAUUUAUUCACAAGUGGAAGCUGCACUAUAGUUCUUGUCCGUUUGAAAGUUAUCUGCCAUUUGAAAGGCAAGACCUCCAGCGAUGUAAAACAUUGACUGCCGCUUGCAAGGAAAACUUAUCAUUGAUGGUGAAACGUUUCCAACAGCAGAAGAACGAGUAUUUAGAAGAUCUGAAGGUUACCCUGUGGACUGGCGAUGGCCUGAGCCUGUGCACGAGUGGCUUCCCUCCAGACCUGUUAUUUGACGUCAUCGACACUAGCAAUGUCAGUGAUCAUAUUGGUUUGCUGAACGUUCUCGUUUGCUCUUCACCAAGGCUUAAAGUGCCCAACAGUUCUCUCCUGCUUACAUCAAGCAUUUUAUGGUGUAAUGGCUGUGAAAGUAUAGAGAAGUACUACUAUAAAAGCGUUGGUGUUCCUGUGCAACUACUCCCAACAGUUCUUGGCUUGAAACUGGCUGUUGAUCUCGAUCUAGGAAGCAGUAAACUGCCAGACAGGGUGGAAUUUACAGAAGAGAUUCUUUGCUGGGUCAAAGCAGACAAUACGCGGACUAUGCUGACAAUAGAUAGAACCAGUGAUGUUUUACAAGCCUUGCAUCGGCUUGUCGAGCGGUGCUUCAAUCUACUCAACUAUCACACAGAUCAAGUGUCAGGCGUCACUCUAUCCUCGCCAAUUACCUUUCUUCGAAUCAUUCAUCAGAUUCAACCACUUUUCAAAGGAGGAGCCACACAGAUAUUUGAUCUUCUUGAAAGUGAAUUACCAGCUGAUUUCAAGAAAAAGUAUGGUCUCUCUUGGAAUUUGUUGAAAGCAUCCAUUGGGAACGAACGAGGUAGGACAAAAUAAAGCGAAGUCUAACGAUCAAGUCUACGUACAGUUUUCAAAUUUAAGCUCAUCAAGUAAAGAGGAAAUUAGAAAUAAGUUUCACUUUAAUCUUCAAUUUGCGGGUUUUAUUGUGGUACUAUUUAAGUAAAGAAAUAUUUACAAACGAAACAGUUUUUAUUUGUAGUGCAUCCGGUUAUACCAGGUGUAGAUAUGACGUUCAGUAUUUGAGUGAAAAAGUAUUGUCAAUGUUGGUAAAAGGUAAAGAUCGAAAGAUACUAUUUAUGUAACGCUGUCGAGUGUUGUACCACGGAAUAUCCCACGAGUCAUUUGUAUUUUCUUGGUAAACACACGAGCUUUUAGAAGAGUGUGCAUAUCAAGAAAAUACAAUUAAGUGACAAGUGGGAUAUUCCAUGGUAAACCAGGAGAAAGCGUCGCAUAACUGUUUUAUACCAUGCACGGAAAAUACAGUAGCCAACAGAAUCAAUGGAACAUAUAUACGUGCAGUGCACGAUGGGAAGAUUAGGUGCAUGGAGUACCGUCGAGUAUACAAAGCUUUAAUAAUGAUAAUAAUA